AAUGAGACUGGCCGAACAACCUGCUUCACAUUUGCGGAUGGCUGUGGCGGAAUUGUGGACAAUUUUGUGCUGAAACUGAAUCAGAUAUCACCUAUGUAGCCAUGCCUAUUCAGUGUGCAGCUUACCUGUUGCAACAACUUCCAAAGCAAAGGAUGUGGAUUUUCGUUUUUCUCAUUUCCUGAGGAUCCACGGACUCGAAAAAAAAAAUGGCGGCAUUAGGCUACACAAAAAGGGACUUCGAGGUGAUGGACCGCCAUAAAGUAUGUAGCAAGCAUUUUAUCCAGAAAGGUUCUCUCAGAUGGGCUAUCCAAAUGCUAAUCCUAGCCUAAAACCAGGGGCUCUUCCAGACAUGCCACUCGAAAAUGAACUGGUCCUUUUUUCCGGAGUUAGGACAACUACAACAACAACACAACCCCCCAUCGUCGAGAAAGGUGUCUCGCGAAACCCAGAACAAAAAGAAGAAAACAACUCCCGAAAAAUCAGGUAGUAGGUCUUACACUAUGAAGCGAGGUAGAAAACGAAGAGCUGUUGAAGGCGAUGUGGUGACAGAUGAGGUAGAAAACGAGACUGGAGGCCAGCAGGCAGUGCAGAUGAACGAAAUUAAAAAACGUCUUUGUGAACUGAUAAAGAUGCGACAAAGUUUGCGGACUUCUGGUGCAAAGUCAUACCCUGCAGCCAAAUCUCACAGCCAGGAUGUGAACAGUGCUUGUAAAGCCAAGGUGUCUUCACCUGUUAUUCACCAGCCAGAUGAGCCUCAGGUUCCUGAAGGUGUGAUGGCUCAGACUCAACAAGAUCAGCCACAGCUGAAUUCAUUUGUUACCAACAAGCCAAGCCAACCACAGGUGUGGUCAGUUGUUAACAAUCAAUCAGGCCAACCACAAGUGUAUUCAGUUGUUAACAACCAGUCAGGCCAGCCACAGGUGUAUUCAGUUGUCAACAAUCAGCCAGGCCAACCACAAUUGUAUUCAGUUGUUAACAACCAGCCUGGCCAACCACAGGUGUAUUCAGCUGUUAACAAUGAGCCAGGCCAACCACUGGUGUAUUCAGUUGUUAACAAUGAGCCAGGCCAACCACAGGUGCAUUCAGUUGUUUAUCAGCCAGGCCAACCACUGAUGCAUUCAGUUGUUAACAAUGAGCCAGGCCAACCACAAGUGUAUCCAAUUGUGCCAGGCGAAGCACAGGUGUGUUCAAUCGUAGACAACCAAUAUCCUGAAGGUAGGGUGAAACCAGUGAUUAAGGUAGAGACUAUAGAGACUGCAAAUCAACCGCAGAUAUUCCCAGUAGUCAAAGGAACAAAAGUUGUUGAUAAUCCAGGUGAAGAGUUUCACGUCAAGUUUGACCUCGGAGGCAUUGAUAUCUCACAGGUUUCCCUAGGGGAAAUACCUAGUAAGGCUGGUGAAGGGAGCUUACGUAGUGCUGGCAUUAACACAGAAUGUGCUGAUGUUCUUGCUGAUCAUCAUUUGAUUGCAAGUGAAGCUAAAUCAAGACAGGCUUGUGUGGAAACUUUGGGAACAUGUAGUGAUGUGUUUAAAACAGAAUGUGAUGACAAUGUAGCUCCUGUACAGACUGACAGAGAAACAUUUAGCACGACUGUAGUUAUAAAGACAGAAUAUGCUGACAGUCAGAUGUGUACAGGUGUCGUUCCUGUACAGGCUGUCAGAGAAACUUUAGGCCCUACUGUAGUUAUAAGGGAAGAAUAUGCUGACAGUGAAGCCUGUCCAGGUGUCGUUCCUGUGCACACUGAAAGAGAAAUUUUAAGCACUACAGUCAUUAUAAAGACAGAAUGUGCAGACAGUCUUGCUGAUAAUCAGGUGUGCACGCAAGUCAAGAUGGAACCAAUCGACCACCCUGGGCAAGUGGACUGUUCCAGGUGGGCAGAAGGUGGUACACACCAGCGUGUCACAGCCCAGAGCCAAGAGUGUGGCAGUGACCCCUUAACACAAAGAUCCCUACAUCCAGCUACCCAAGAGGAAGAGGGCCCACUGAUCAUAACUGAGUUAUUUGCUCAUCCUUCAGCUUCAGAGGUCGGCUCUCGGGGAAGAGCUCCUGGAGAUUCGGUCACCUUGUGUGCCUGUACAGCUCCUCCUGGAGGUGAACUGGACAGUAGUGCAUCUGGGCUGGGGAUAGUUCGCUCUGCGGGAGGAGCAGUGACAGUCCCUUGUGAAGAGGUGUAUAAGAGUGCCAAGUACCAGCCUUUGGUUAAAUUGGAACGGUUGCCUUUGUCUGCCUCGGACGUUGUAAUGCUGAGUCAGCUUCCUGAUAAACACGUGAAGUGGAGUUAUGUGUCAUGCCAGACAUUGGGUGGUACCAACCCUUCUUAUCUUGUCAGUAGGGACCCCAAAUCCCCCAGAUCAUCACUUCGGCUGCUUUCUCCAAAGGAUACACCUCAGAGGAAACCUGUACUUGUGUCUUGUUCAGACACCGUUAAUCUAAGUCAGCCUGCUGCUAAACACGACAAGCUUGUGUCGGCCUCUGGCAGUCUGUCUAGUGACGUUGUCCAGGGUCAGACAUUGUUUGGUACUGGAGGUAGCUAUGUUUGUCCAGUCAUCAGGAACCUCGCCUCCCCUGGACUUGCUUCUGCCCCUAUCUGGUGCAAUGGUUUGCCACUAAGUAAACUUGUGCUUGUUUCUAGUAUUGCUGACAAGCCUGUCUCAGGAAACUCUACCCCUAGUCGGGAAUUGUUUGGUGCCAAGCAUGGCUGUCAGGCUAACAGGACCCCAAAUCCCAGAGACCUACAUCUCUUGAUUCUUGCAAAAAUCCACCGCUAAGGAAAAUCCAGCCCAAACCAGGCCUGGUGUUUGUUCCUGUUCAGUCACUCAAUGAAAACACAUCUGUGUUUCGCAUUGCGGGCGAUCCAGUGGAAGAUCCGGGAAAUCAACACAAUACCCGGAAACGGCGUGCUCCCAUGAAGUUGAAACGUAUUUGUCAUGUGUGCGACAAGAAAUUUCCUAGCAAAAGCUCGCUGGAAAUGCACAUGGCAAGGCAUCGAGGUGAGAAGAAGACCUGCGAGGUGUGCCAGAAGAUGGUGUCUGCCUCAUACCUGUAUAGACACCUCAAGCUUCACAACAAUCCAUCAGCCUUCAAGCCGUACUUAUGCUCUUUUUGUGGGUUCAGGUGUCCAUCAAGGUCAGCCCACAAGCAACAUAUGUUCAAACACACAGGUGAGAGGGAGAGAUGUCCAGUGUGCCAGAAAUCCAUAGCCACAGGCUAUUUCAAAGAGCACAUGAAGACGCAUACGAACCCCAAGAAGAAACUAUACCACUGCACGCUGUGUGAGAAAGCAUUCCCUCUCAUAGGCAAACUGAAUCGCCAUAUGCUGUGUCACAAGGGAGUACGGGAAACGUGCCCCAUAUGUGAAAAAUCUUUCUCAGCUGAAUAUCUGCGGCGUCACUUGGGUAAACACAGAUCCGUGCCAGGGAAAUGCCAUACGGCUGUUCUGUGUGUGGUCGACAGUUUCGAGCCGAAGCGCCAUAUCGGCGCCACAUGUAACUCAGCACGGAGAAGGAGCACAUAAGUGAUCAUCAAACAACAGGAGACUCCUGAUCCAACCCCUGUGGCCAAUGAUUAUUGUGCUAGUGGGGUGAAAAUACUCGGGAACCUCUCACCUAUGUAGCUGCUGUCAAUGGUUGUGAGUUCAUGUCCAACUCACGCCGCUUUCCUCUGCGGUCUUAUGUGGGAAGUCUGACACCAAACUGCAGGUGGUUGUGGAUUGCCAUUUGGGUGAAUAAUCAAUCAAAUGCUGAUAUAAGUAAAUAAAUUAUUAUUAAAUUAGUCAAGAGACUAAGAGGGCACAUUCGAUUGUGGCUGUGUGUUAUGAUAUGCAUGGUUCAACUGCCAAAAGGGUUAUUAAUUAAACCCAAUACCUCAUGCUGGAUGGUCGUGGGUUUCCCCCUGGUUCUGCCCGGUUUCCUCCUACCAUAAUGCUGGCUGCUGUCAUAUAAUUGAAAUACUCUUGAGUACGGCACCAAUCAAAUAAAUAAAGCCAAUGAAAAACCAGGGUAGGUUCAAAUCCCAGUACUGGGAAUUUGGAGAUUCCCUUGUUUUCACCUUUUUGUGGAGCCUUAGUUACAAAAAGCUGUCAGCAGCUAUGGUGGGAAUCAAUGCAGUUGUUUUGAUUGGUGACAACCAUGUGUACGCACUUAUGUGCCCUAUACAUUGGAGUUUGAGAGUUUCGACCAGAAAUAAUAUACUUGAUUGGGAUUUCUAGAUUGCCCAAGAAAAGAAUGGGCAUGAAAAUGAGAUCAAUAUCAUUUUGUGUUUUUUGGGUGUGCGGACCUAAAAUCAAGAAAUGGCAUGCAAAUAAAACUGAAAAUCCACAUUAGUUUGUCUAACCAUGAUGUUUUCAAUUUUCCAAUCACCUAAUAUGUCAACAGGAAACUUUUGUCGCGGUUGUCUACAUUAUUCAACCAUUUAAAUCAUCGACUUCUAUCGUUAUGCCCUCCGAAGCCAUUAAAAAAAUUAUCUGCCCAU